UGUGUAACAGCGUCAGUAAGAGAACACCACACGUGUUCUCAGUGUGAUGUCCAUGUUGAAGAAAACAACAUUCAGUACAAGCAAUAUGUAGAGACUUUGGAAUUCCUUUUCCCCACAGUUGCUGCUGGCGACGAAGUCAACACAGCUGGUCAAUCUCUUAGUCUGACUGAUGAUGAGUCAACAUCUCACAUAGUUAUAACUACACUUUCUGGAGAAUGUACCAUUCUCCCAUAUAAGCCUGAUCAAACCAUUCUGGGUUUGAAAGAUAUUGUCGAGCAAGAACUAAAAACCUCUCGUAACAAGCAAUCCCUGUUGUAUAACGACAUUGAGCUGAAGGUACGAUGCAUUUCACACUGAGUCAGGGCCUUUUUAAGGAUUUCCUCGUGUGGGGGAGAGGCAUUAUUAGGAGGAUACCCAUUUAGAGGGGGAUAGGCAUGACCGAAGGCCAUGUGUGUGGCCGACAUACUACACACGAAUGAAGAGGUCUGGGGCCAUACUCACCCAGAAAUUUUUUGAAAUUUGGAUCCCGUAAAUGCCAUUUCCUGCAUUCUGAGCAUCCAAAUUUGCUCUAAAAUUAAUGCUAACUGUAUUUAAAAUAAAAGAAGGAAAAAAUGCACAAAAAAUAAAAAAAAAUAUUAACAAUAAUUUAUCAUUCAAAUGUUAUAAUUUAAAUUAAGUCGAUUUUGUUUAACAAAGGAUGAAGCCUAAAACUUACUUUCCGAUGAGAUAUAUCUUUAUCCCCCCCCCCCCAGCUUGUAUGUUAAAAUAGGCCCUGCAUGACUGAGUAACUUAUCUGCUGAAUUUAUUAUCAUGAACGAACAACUGUCUUGCAGGCAUGGCAACUGUCUUGCAGGCAUCAAAUAAAAAUUGAAAAUAAAAUAGUUAAAGGGUAUGAGCAACAAAAUCUGAAAGAGCAUGACAAAAUAAGCCAAGCCGAUUGGCCGUUUAAUGCUCUAUUCUAUCUCAUCUAGUUCCAAAGUAAUACGCAAACAUGUGCAAAAUAUAAGUUGCUGAUUCAGCACAACGUGUGACGUCAUUAGCUGGGUAAGUAUGUUUAUUGAAUAGUAAACUGAAGCAUAGCUUAGUUAUUAUGGGCUCGAAUCAAAUGAAAUUUUUCAUACUGAUUGUACAUGACGAGACGCAUUGAAAACACUUCUAAUUUUGUUACCAAGGUAACAAUAUCGUUCCCAGGCUCCUUGCGCCAAUUUUAUAAAACAGCUUUAUUCAUCGUACUUAUAAGAAUAAAAUAAUAUCAGAAGUAUGUGUGCCAUACCUAUGCAUGCCAAAAGUUUACUUGCAUGAUAAUAAUUCGAAAAUGACAUACACAUAGAUAAAUGCAACUAGUUAUUCAAAAUCAGUGUAAGGGGCCUGGGAACGACUGUUGUUGCCUUGACAACAAAAUUAGAAGUAUUUUCCCAUGCGUCUCAUCAUGUACUAUCUGUAUGCAAAAUUUCAUUUGAUUUGAGCCAAUAAUAACUGAGCUAUGCUUCAGUUUACUAUUCAAUAAACAUACUUACCCAGCUAAUGACGUCACACGUUGUGCUGAAUUAGCAAUUUAUAUUUUGCACAUUUUUGUGUAUAACUUCGGAACCAGAUGAGAUAGAAUAGAGCAUUAAACGGCUUAUUUUUUCAUGCUCUAGCUUUCAGAUGAAGCAAUAACAUUUUUUGUUGCUCAUACCCUUUAAAGAUUAUUCGGGUGAUUAGGGGUGAAACGGCCUUCCAAUAAAUUUAAGAAUUUCGUUGCUCGUUUUGUAUUUUUGAUUCGCUAUCUCCCAGCAAUUUUUGAAUCUCAGCUUCCCUAAGGUCGACAAACCUUCCCAUUUGGCGGACAUGUAUGCUUGUAUUGUGAGACAACGCUUCACUCCUUCGGCUUUGUCUUGCGUCAUCCCUAUUACGUCAUAGCGUUCUAUAAUCGUGUUUCUUAUCGCACGCUAUGACGUCAAACGUUACAAUGUUUCCAUAUUGUGUCGUCUGUUGCGUUGAUGUGACAAUUUUGCCAUUGGAUCUUAACCAAUCAGAGAUCACCCAUUCUGUUACUAGUUAAUAAUUUACUUAUAGCCAAAUCUAUUUUAGCCAAUCUGACGUGUUUCAUUUGUGUUUCUAACUGAUUCUAUAUAUGUUUGAUUUUCAGCCAAAAGGGAAGAAUAACGAAGUUCUCAAGUUGAAAGACUAUCAUGUUCAGCCCAACAGUACAAUAUACCUGCUCGUCUUAUUGUAUGCAAUACCAGAUGAACUUGAUCAUGUCAUAUUUGACCUCUUCUGGGGAUAUCCACACAGUGGUCGCGACUACGUCAGGAGAUAUCUACACAGUGGCCGCGACUACCUCGACGCUUCUGUAUUACUUUACAGUGGUUCAAAGUUUGUUGAAGUAAUAGACUUUCAGAACAAAAAAAGUACAUCAUGCUCGGCAGUCAAACAUUCCGGUGAUGUAAUGGAUGAUGCCAAGCGAUUGGGCCAUCAUACCAUAAAUGUAUCAAUCAAAUCAAUGCCAGCUCAUAUUAACAAGCUGGUGUUCACCUUGAGUGCUUGGAGGUCUCCAAAUAUCUCCAAGUAUCCCAAUCCAAGCCUAAAGUUUUUUGACGCGAAGUUCCCAGAUAAACAAUUGUGCAGCGAUGAAAUGAGCCAUGCUGCCCAUUCUCAAGCCAUUAUCAUGUGUUGUUUGACCAACAGCGGAAGUGGAUGGCAAGUGUUCAGUUUAAAAAAUCUCUCCGCCGGUAAUGCUAUGAACUAUGAGCCAUUGAAAAAGAGCAUUGUCGAUCUGAUAGGAAAAGGUUAUAUAUGA